ACAAGCAGCUUGGUUGGCUGGCGGCGGUCGUCGACGCCGGGAAUGCAGUCGGCAAAUUUUUUACGAAUGUGGAUAAGGCGAUGCGCUUUGUACGACAAAUUCUCGCCGAAUUUGAAGUUAAAGCGGUCGGCGGUCACCCGAUUCGCCACAAGUCAUGACAUGUUGGCUUCAUUGCGGAGAGGGAGGAAUGCACUGGAGAAGUGCGUCUGUGACACAGCGUGGGUGGACAAGAUGGAGAGGGCAGAUCAGCUCGCCGCUUUCCGUGAGGUCACCUCCAUCGUGCCGGGACGGGACGGGUUUUGGGACAAGGUUGACAAGGCCCUCGCAGUGAUGACUCCUGUUGUGGAGCUGUUGCGCGUGGUUGAUGGGCCAGGCGCGGUAAUGUCAAAGGUCUAUUUCAAGAUGGAUGCGCUCGUCGAGAGAAUGUGUGGCCUCGACUGUGUCACCCCGGGUGAGAAGGCCGACAUUGAGGACAUUCUGAUGCAUCGGUGGUCCUUCAUGACGAGCGAGCUGCACUGCGCGACUGGUUUCCUUGAUCCGGAGUUCCGACACAGUGCAUUGUCACGGUGGGACCGGGAGCUUCGUGCGGGCUUCAACAUUUGGCUGUACUCGUGGGCACCGAAAGAAAGAGCCAUCCUCGACGAACUGAGCCGGAAAGUCGAUAUGUGGACCAAGCUAGAGGGGACAUUCAUAUCACAAGAGGCAGCGGAGGCAGCGCGUGUGAAACCGGCGGCCUUGUGGUGGGAAGCAUUUGGGGGGAAGUUGAACCUUUUGCAGCCGCAAGCUGUCAAAUUACAUGGCCAAGCAAGCUCGUUCGCUGCAUGCGAGCGGAAUUGGAGCUUGCAUGAACUCAUUUUUGGAAGACGGUGCACAAAGCUCAUGCCGGAGAGACUGUCAAAGCUGGUGUUCAACAACUGGAACACCCAAUUGAUCCGGAGUUACACCCGCGGCGGCAAGGAGGAGGUCCACAUCCCUUGGGAGUAUGACCGACCGGUGGAGGCAGAAGUUGACGAGUGGUAUAACACGUCGGUGGCGACGGCGGUGUCCAAUGACGAUGACACAGCAGACACGCCCGAUGACGCGGAGGUGGAAGAGGAGGAUGGAGACGAGCCACUUAUGCGAACUUGGCUGUGAAAUGACGAGAGGGAUGACAAAGAGUGUGGGGCAGAGGACAUAGCCCUCAUGGGCUCCAGGGAAAAGGACUGGCAUGAGUGCACAAAACCUG